AUGGAAACUCGACCGGGUUUGUCCAGCGCGUCUCCCGCAACACCCGCAACCCUGUCCGACGUCACGAAACACUCCCACGAACCCCUCGACACCACAAUGGCCUUUGAAUAUACCGAACAACUCCUGACCCCCGAGAACAGCCGUUCUGAGACCUCGAGCAAUAAUGAAAACGCGUCAAAUGAGGAAAACCCUACUCUUCGCCGCCGAUCUACACGGGUGACACGCGCUUCGCGGCGGGGAGGUGCUCAGCCGGAGGUUGACUCGGAAGUAGACGCUCAUGGACUUCCUUCUCCUGCAGAUACUCGGGAACGCAUUCUGCUGACCGAGAAGCUGGUCAAUGGCGGUGCGCCUGGGGAGAAGCGGUCUCGCUCCUCCCAUCUCCGCCACAGUAUAGCGAUCAUGGAGUCCGCCCUCCAAGCUGAAACAAAACUUGUCCCCGAGGCUAUGGAAAUAGAUGACCAUCCAAUGGCCCCUGAUACUCCUGUCUCGAAGUCAUCGCAAGAACCGCCGCCGGAAGACGUGGCCGCCGCCUUACAACCUCGGACCCUACGAAAGCGUGUGGAACGGGCACUGGCCCAGGAUGAAACUCACAACCGCAGGAGGGAUUCUAGCGCCACCAAGGCCAGCAGUCAGACACCCACGAGACGCUCGUCUCGUUUAAUUAUACUAGAAAAGGUCUCUGACAUUGCGAGUCGAGCUACUAGUAUUUUGGGUAAACGCUCGAGAGGAAAGGAACCGGACCGACGAUCUAGUUUGCGGCCUCGACAUGUCGCCGCCCCGAAAGAGGAGCCUACCCGCGUCGUCAGCGAACCCCCCGCCAAAAAGCGACGUGUUUCAGACAGUGAAAUUGUAUCUAAGCCGGAAUUAGAGCCCGAGUCUGCACAAGAGCCAGAUACCCCCGUGGAGGUAAUCACCCGGUUUAGAGAAAAACGCUGGUUGACCCAUGGACUCUACACGGGACAAGAGUAUACGAGAUCGCGACCGAGUCAAAAUAGGCACAAGAGCUCUAAGAGAAAGAGUCUCAAUCCCGGCCAAGAUAAUAGUCAAAGGAGGUUUCUCCCAAUGCCCAUGUUUGUUGGAGAAAGAUUAUUACAGAUAGGAAGAGAUUUCCAACUGCCUUUCGACAUCUACUCACCCCUUCCUCCUGGCCAACCUAAGCCUAACGAGUGGAGGAAGACGAAUAAAAAUGUUUUUGUUGGGGAAGCUGGAAGCAUCUGGCGGGCCAGCAAGGAGUUGGAACUCUCAAAAUGCAUGUGCACAGAGGAUACCGGCUGCGACCAGAACUGUCAGAACCGUUAUAUGUUUUAUGAAUGCGACGAUAGCAUUUGUGGGCUGGGCCCUGAGUGCGGUAAUCGAAGCUUUGAGGACCUCAAACAGAGAACAAAGGCUGGAGGAAAGUAUAAUAUCGGGGUCGAAGUCAUCAAGACCGAAGAUCGCGGCUACGGCGUCCGCAGCAAUCGCACGUUUGAACCGGAUCAGAUCAUUGUUGAAUACACUGGAGAAAUUAUAACCCAAGCCGAAUGUGAGAAACGGAUGCGAACGGUAUAUAAGAAAAACGAGUGCUACUACUUGAUGUACUUUGACCAAAACAUGAUCAUCGAUGCCACGCGAGGCUCUAUGGCCCGGUUUGUGAACCAUUCUUGCCAACCCAACUGUCGAAUGGAAAAAUGGACUGUGGCUGGAAAACCGCGCAUGGCCCUUUUUGCUGGUGAUCGUGGGAUCAUGACUGGAGAAGAAUUGACGUAUGACUACAAUUUUGAUCCCUAUUCCCAGAAGAAUGUCCAGCAAUGCCGCUGCGGUGCGCCCAAAUGUCGCGGUAUCCUAGGCCCACGGCCGAGGGAGAAAGAGCAACGAGCAGAGCUGAGAGCUGCGAAAUUGAAAGAGCUCGCAGACGCCAAAAAGGCCCAGACCGCGAAACGGAGAGCCGAGAACGCUAGAAAUCGACGACGAGCGUUGGCAGCCGCAUCGAUUAAGUCUGGUGUGAAGAAGGCCGUUUCGAGGGCACGUGCGACUGUCUCCAAAGCCAGGAGUAAGCCCACCAAAUCUCCAGGCAAAAGCACGUCCUCUACCUCGAGGAAACCCGCAAACGCAAGUCCCAAAACGACUGCAGCGAGGAAGACUAAUUCCAACCCCAAGGAGAAGGUUAAAUUGCCCAAGAUCAAAGCCACCAAGACGAAAGCGAGAGCCCCAGUUCGCAGCAGGAAACCCGCCCAGACAACAAAAGUAGAGACCGAAAAGACUUCCAAAUCACCGUCUAAAGUCAAGAGCUCGCCUAAGAAGUCCAAGGCACCUGCUUCCCCUGUAACAAAGAGCCCGGCUGCACGAAAGCAACCGAAACAGCCCAAAAAGGAUAUUCUGAAGACAGCCCGGAAGACAAUUGUUAAGGGAACUACCAAGCAAUCCCCAAAGGCCAAAGACGCCGUUAAACGCACCAAGGCCGUCGCUAGCACCUCGGGGGGUUCGCCUGGAGCGAAGAAGACGACUUGA